AUGGCCACGGCAAUCAAACACGUGAAGCUGUUAACCGAUCUGGGAAACUUGCCCUAUGCCCUUGCUCGUCCGAUCUUGCUGAAAGUCGACAAUCCGGAGAGACUGCAUUCAAUGGAAAAGCGCUCCCCCCAAAUCGCAGAAGAAGACCAAGAAAUCUGGCUGGAGAUCAUCAAGCGCGAUAUCCCCCAGUGGGACACCUACGACCUGCCCGAGAAGUCCAAUCGCUGGUACGAAAUCUACUGCGACCUCCGCGAAGAAGUCGAACGAUCUCUUGAUGCCGACGCCGCAAAGAUGAAACUGGCUAUCGACGGCAUCACAUCCCAAAAGGCCAAACUCGCCCCCAAGGUGUUGCCCGGCCUGCGCCGACAGAAACCCUCGUUCCGUCAGCGAAUCAUGUCUACCCAUGUCCCCAAGAAAUCGACUAUAUUCACCCCCCAACGAAGGAAUAAUCACCUCGCAGUGCCAACGAAACACCUCGCGACGAGAGCCUCGCAGAUCAGGCAGGCGCCGCGGUCCCUGAUCGAAGAGCAUCGCCGGCCAGUGGAACCCCCCGCUGCCAGACGUCCCAACGAUCCCAGUGCCCAAAUACCUGGACCCGGUCCUUCGAUGCGUAAUCCACUCUCGGGGUCUUCAUCGUUAGCCGAUCGAGAAGCGCGACUACGAGCCCUCACCUCCGGCAACCCGAGGACAUCACUGUCUGCCAAGGACCCUUCCUCGCCGGUCAAGAAACCCGUUCCUAAACGCCGAGCCACAUCUCCGCCUCUGACCAGCCCCCCGCCACCCUCGCGUUCUCGCAAUGAUGAGAGUCAGGCUGCGGCGCAAUCCCAGGCUGCCAAUCCUGCGGACGCCACCUCGCCAGCCCGCCCAUCCAUCAAGCGCCGAAAACCGGAUGUCGAUAUCUUCCUUCGACCAAAACAACGAAAGCGAGUCCCUUGA